UCGCGGCGUUGCAGCGCCCGCCUGUGCCGCGGCGACCCUCCCAAGGGCCAGGGCGAGGGCGCGCGCGCCACGGUGGCCGUCAAGGCGGCCGCCGAGGGCGGGCCGAUCGCGGUCGUCGUCGGCGACGGCGAUGAGGGCGGCGAGGGCGGCGAGGACGCCGAAACGUGGCUGGUGGUGCCCGACACUCACGAGGGCCACCCUCGGCGGAAGCGCAAAGAGCGGCCGCACGCGUCCUCGAUGAGCCACGAGAGCUCCAAGGAGAGCGACGAGGCGGCGGAGGCCGAGCUGGACGAGGACGAGGGCGCGCCCGAGCGCCCCGAGGGCGGCGUCGCCAUCGCCGCGCCCACCGCCCCGCACCAGGCCAACAGGCACAUCGAAUUGCAGAGCAGCGUGGAGGUGGGCGGGGCGUUAACCGGCAAGGCCAGCGGCAACGUGAAGCUGUACACCGAGGGCGAGCGGGGCAAGGCGGGAAGAGGGUACGCUGGAACGAAGCUGGGAAGA